CAGAACAAUUUUCAAACAAGUGCAAGACUCAGAAAGGACUGUUUGGGAUAAUUGACAAAGAAUUUGUUCUUCCCCUCCCUGGCAUCUCGUGGAAUUGGACACAAAGUGGAAUAUAUUUCAGCGAUCCUCGGGAGUCUUACGUCAGUGGAGAGAAGAGAGAGCUGUUGCAGAGAGCGGAGGCAGAGGAGGGCAGAGGUCUGCGUGCUGGAUGGGGGCCACAGCCAGGCCUGAUGGCAGGAGCCCAGAACACAGUGAGCUCUAAUCACGUCCUCUAGAAGCCGCUGAGGUGUUACAGUUCACGUGGAGAUACUGAAAGGUUGUGUGCCCAUGAGGUCGUCCAUGCUGGUCCUGUUCCUCCUCUUCAGUGCCCAGGCUGUGGCCGCCAUCGGAGGAGCAGCACAGCAGCAGGCCCCAGUCAACAACCCCAGCUCCAUCCCCACAGUGGACCCCAAACUCUUCACCAAGCGUCGCUACCUCUCACCCCGGGUGCUCUUCAGCGCUCAGCCGCCUGAUGCAGAGCCGGCGGAGUCACAGGGUGGCAGCAAAAGGACCCGCAGACGAGCGGGGCAGUCUCAGCACCGUGGAGUUUACUCAGUGUGUGAGAGCAUCAGCGUCUGGGUGGGCAACAAGACCAAAGCCACGGACAUCUCAGGCAACGAGGUGACAGUGCUGCCGGACGUUAAUAUCAACAAUGUCAACAAGAAGCAGUACUUCUUUGAGACGACGUGUCACAGCGCCCGCUCGGGCAACUCUGGCUGUUUGGGGAUCGAUGCCAGACACUGGAACUCCUACUGCACCAACUCACACACUUUUGUACGAGCGCUGACUUCCUUUAAGAACCUGGUGGCGUGGAGGCUCAUACGUAUCAAUGUGGCCUGUGUGUGUGUGCUGAGCCGCAAGUCAUGGCGGCAGUGAAGACUUUCCACGCACAUCACAGGAUCACACACUCAGUCAAAUAAUACUGACAUACUCAUCACCAAAGACUUGUCACCCUCUGCACAAAGUAAAUUAUUGGUAUAUGUCAAAGUAUCAGGACUGCAUGUAUAAACACCAGGCCUGGGUCAAACAGUAUCUGUCUGUAGCUGUUGUUUGUACCUGUUCAUAAACGUUAAAGGGGUUGUUGCUGUGUCACUUAUCACCUGACUGUCUUAGCUGCGGUUUGUAACAGGUUCAGCUUGCAGAGGUUUAAAACUCUGCAAACAUCUAAGAAUUAGUCUCAGAGGGAAACUCCACAGAGAGUCUGUUUUCAGCACGACUGCAAAUGUGGAAAAAGCCUUUUGUGGCUCCAAAGGUAGCUGAUAAAUCGCCUCAAGUGAUCAUUGAGUCAGAGCUGAAGACGACAAGUUUGAAAUGUAAAAAAAUAUGGAUGUAUGGAGAGAAAUGUGACCUCUGCAGCCCGUUCCUUAUCUCUAGUUGAGUUUAGCAGUUCAAGGCUGCAUUAGUGUUGCAUCGUGGGUAAUGUAGGCAACAGAUUUUGAUAAGGAAGAAGAAUAUAUGGCAUAAAAAAGAAGAUAUCUCUUUCUGCUGCAUCGACUUCGGUCCUUUUUUUUUGUAAUGUUAUUCUUUUAAGAAAGCCCUAAAAGCUAAUCUAGGGGACUUGCAGUUGUUCGCUGAGUGUGAGGAGUAGGACACAUUUACUAAGCUACCUACUCUAAUUCACAGCGAAGUAUAAGAGUAAACUUUAAGAGCAACUCUUAAGUGAUUGUGCGAAAUCCUUCAUAUCUGCAACAGCAAUUUCCCUGUGAAGUAACAACAAACUAAUAGGCAUAUUCCCAGAUCAGCCACAAUAAUAAAUCACUGACAGGGGAAGUGAAAAACAUUGAUCUUUUCAUUACAAUGCAACAACCUGGUAGCCAUGUGGAUGCCACUUGACACGUCCAAACCACCAAAACCCUGUUGCAGACCAAGUUCAAUCCGUCAUGGCAACAGCAUUACCAAUGGCAGUGACCCCCCCCUGCAGGAAAAUGCGCCACGCCACUUGGCAAGAACUGCUCAGGAGCAAUGUGACAAGUAGCCUAAGACGUCACCUUGGCCUCCAAAUUCUCCAGAUCCCAAUUCGAUUGAGGAGCUGGAGGCCAGAAUGACGCCUUAAACUCUAUAGCCCCUUUUACACUGCCAGAUUUUCCACGAAUGUUGGGCCGUUUUGCCGGCAAGCUGCAAGCGUUUAGACACACAGAGCCGGAUUGGCAAGUUGAUCUGAGGUGCCCAAUUUUCCGCUUCGUAGGGUAGUCAUAUUGGUGGAACCCUUUUAGUUUAAACAGACCGAGGCGGCCUUCUGCAACGGGAGGGGCUGUUGAAGACUUGUGGGAGGAGUUGUUGAUGACGCUGCACGUUCGACCCACUGGCGGUGGAUAAACAGCAAACAGCUGAUAGCAGGAAUUAGCGAGCAGCUAGUAGCAAGAUGGAAACGCAAACCUGACAGACACUGUAAAGAUGAGCAACUGGGGAGACAAGGAAUUGCGCGCCCUCCUUGCCCUCGCAAACGAAGAGGCCAUUAACCGUAAGAUGACGGGAACGGUGAGGAACGGGCCAACUUAUGAGAGAAUUGGCGAAGGACUGACCAGCCGCGGCUUCCCUCCCACGUCACUGUUUACGUCACACACUGUGCUACACGUUUUGUUACUUGCUCACGCCCCCAUUGCCCCGAAAAAGGAGCAUUCUGUAUAAACAAAAUUAGGUAGGUGGCAUUUUGCCGCACUCCUCGAUUUUGUUUUUAUACUGCCAAUGCUGAAAGAAGACUGAUUGGGCUUUCCUGCAAAUUUGCACAAUUCUUAUCUAAAAAGGGCUUAUGUCACUUUUCUCGGGCCAUUCCUGAGAAGUGUUUUUGGUGUGGUGCAUUGUCCUGCUGGGGGAGGCACUGCUAUGGCUACAACCACAAUAAUAAUAUCACAGCACCUUUAAAAACAGAGUUCACAAAUGGAACAGGAUAGGGAAGCAGCAACAGGAUACUCAGAAGGCAAUGUGACAACAGAAAGCCAAAUAGUCCAACCAGACAUAAACAAGACAAAAUGAGGGAAGGGUUAAGUUAAAGUUAAAACAAGAAGACAAAAAAAUGCAAGAUGCAGGGCACAAAAUGUCAAUAUAAAUAAAUAAAAAAGAUCAAAAACAACAAAAGCAAUAAAACACAAAUAAAAAUAAAAGGAAAUUAAAAAAUGACAUCACACAAAAGCAAGUCUAUAAAAAGGGGUUUUAAGAAGUGAUUUCAUAGCCUGAGUGUCAGACUGAAGCUCCCAGAACCUUCAGUCUGACACUG